GGCAGGCCAAAAGAACUCAUGACGCGCUCCAAAUCCAUCCUUCACAAGGCUCCAACAACCCCCCACCCUUCACAUCGACCCUCCCGCAACAGCGAAUUGAUGAGCCCGGCACUCAAAUGGUACUUUCUGCUUGACUAAUGGACCAAAUUCGGAUGUCAUUCUAGUGCAGGCUGCAUUGGAAAGACACGCGAACUCACGUGCUCAACGCUGCUCGCCAAAAAGCUCCCCCAACCACGAAAAGCGGCCGGUGACACGGGAAACGACUACUUGAUAAUCGCCUAAACGAUGUCAUCGCUCUGUGCCCUUUUUCCUUGAAUCCUCUUCCACAACCACCGGAGUCUGUCAUCUGCAACUUCCUCCCCGCUGUAGAGCGGCUUGCAUGUAGCCAGUCUAGGGCGCAUGUCGGCGGAGAUCGAGCGUCUCAAGGACGAGGGCACGAGACAGCAAGUCGUUAUAGCUGGUGGUAUCGCAGGCCUCGUGUCCAGAUUCGUCAUCGCUCCGUUAGACGUUGUCAAGAUUCGACUCCAGCUUCAGCCGCAUUCGCUCUCCGACCCACUAUCUUGCGAUGGCAUCAAAGGCCCAAUUUACAAGGGCGUCUUUUCCACUCUGCGUGCAAUCGUAAGAGAUGAGGGUGUCCGCGCCUUGUGGAAGGGGAACAUCCCCGCUGAAGUCAUGUAUAUCACUUAUGGCGGCGUCCAAUUUACCGCCUAUCGCUCCAUCACUCAAGCUCAGGCUAUGCUUCCAACGCGUGCGCCACCAUCGAUCGAGUCUUUCAUCAGUGGUGCUGGCGCCGGCGCUGCCGCAACUUCAAUUACUUAUCCGUUAGAUCUUCUACGGACACGAUUUGCUGCACAGGGGCCGGAGAAGAUCUAUUCAGGACUCGCCAAUUCUGUCCAAGACAUCAUCCGACGUGAGGGGCCCAGUGGUUUCUUUCGAGGCCUGAGUGCUGCGCUGGGCCAGAUCGUCCCUUACAUGGGCCUCUUCUUCAUGAGCUAUGAAUUCCUCCAUCAAUAUAUCGGAGGCAAAACAUUACCCUUCGGCUCCGGCGAUGCCACUGCUGGCGUGUUUGCCAGUGUCUUUGCAAAGACUGCCGUUUUCCCGCUGGAUCUGGUCAGAAAGAGACUGCAAGUGCAGGGGCCGACCAGAAGCAGAUACAUCCACACGAAUAUUCCCGAAUAUACGGGGGUUUUCCGUGCACUUGCGACCAUCUGGAUGAAGGAAGGUUAUCGAGGCUGGUACCGAGGACUGACUGUCAGCUUGAUCAAGGCCGCGCCAGCAUCAGCCGUCACAAUGUGGACGUACGAGCGCGUAAUGCAUUCACUUGUCCACACAAAUAGAAACGAUGAGAUGUGGGAAACUUAUACUGGCUAUGAUGAUGAUUACGAUGACUAAAUUUUCACAGGAUAUGAUAGUGUUUCAUUCUCCUGAAGCAUGGAGUUGGAGGCUGUAGUUUGCUACGGAUGUGCUGGAUUGCACAAAGUCGUGUUCUGCGUCAUUGCCAGACUGUCCAGGAGCUUCAGUGCCGUGAAAGAGCCUGUGCAAGGACUAGGGACUGGAAGCGUUGCGUAUCUCAGGGAAUUUUUGGAGCCUCAAAGGCGAGGCACAUCGCGCUCACAGCAGCGCUCAUCCUCGCCUUCAACAUGCCAGGACAAUGUCCAGAUUUCAAUCUCGAGCACGUCUCCAGGCAACAAACAAGUCAUAAUGUGUAUCAUCAUCCUGAUCACCAUCGAUCUUUCAUAUGGUUACUUCGAUAUACCCUCUAUCGCGCUGGUUGCUUUCCCUGAUUACUGCAGUUGGAAGGAAUAAUUUAGAGGCAAAAGGUCUUCAUCUCCGUUUUCUUUGGGUUUGGACGCCGCAUGAUCAUGCGUGUGGGUCGAAGGUGUAUUGCACGGGUCAUCAGGGUUCUCGGACGGUGAAAGCACCCACAGAGCUUGUAUAAGUCACCAUCAAGGGGGAUUAGCGAGUUUCAAUAUUUUCCGUACGGGGUAUCUAUUCUCGCUGUAUAGCAUUCGGUUUUCGAAGAGCUUCAAGAAGCCUUG